GCAGCAGGGUGGGUAUCUGGAUGCUGGAGGGAGGAUGCCUCUAUGUGGGCGAUGCCCAGGAGCUUGUUCAGGCCCCUGAAGUGGGCUGUGGGUGUCCCAGAUGCAAAGUGGUGACGAGCCUUUGGGAUCUUCUGAUGGGGUGGACUUCUUGGAGUAGAGGGAUUAGAAAAAGGGCAGAACAUUAGGAGGGAAGAUUUCAGUGGAUGAGUCUUUUGUAAAUUAACUGGAAAAAGACCACCAAAAUACAUCUAAUCACUAGCUUGUGGGAAUAUGGGUGGUUUUCUUUUCUUUUUUUUGCUCUUUAUGUUUUCUAAGAUUUCCACAUAAAUUUUUUUUGUAAUCAUGAAAAUGUUACAGAGACACUUAAAGACACAUGCACAUAAAAACAUUACAGAGCCAUGUAGAUGCACACGCACACAAAAGCACAGGCCACAGAGAGUUGGGAGAAGAGAAGGCAGAAGGACGAGGAUCUGGAAGUGCAGUAUCUGCUGGAGCAGCCCUUGGGAGCUGAGUGGGCCGGACGGUUCUCUCUCUCACCUUGUCGAAGUUGUUAAAAGAAGCGUGACACCCCGAGCAGUUCCAUAUGGUGAACCAUUUACCGAGUGCCCAGGGCUCCCAAAAAGAAAGGGAAGAAAGGGAAAGCCAAAGGUACCCCGAUUAUUGACGGGCUCGCUCCGGAGGACAUGAGCAAGGAGCAGGUGGAGGAGCAUGUCAGCCGCAUCCGGGAGGAGCUGGACCGCGAGCGGGAGGAGCGCAACUACUUCCAGCUGGAGCGGGACAAGAUCCACACUUUCUGGGAGAUCACGCGGAGGCAGCUGGAGGAGAAGAAGGCCGAGCUGCGGAACAAAGACCGGGAGAUGGAGGAGGCUGAGGAGAGGCACCAGGUGGAGAUCAAGGUCUACAAGCAGAAGGUGAAGCACCUGCUGUACGAGCAUCAGAACAACCUGACGGAGAUGCAGGCUGAGGGCACGGUGGUCAUGAAGCUGGCCCAGAAGGAGCACUGCACACAGGAGGGCCUGCUGCGCAAGGACGUGCGGGCACUGAAGGUGGAGCUCAAGGAGCAGGAGCUGGCCAACGAGGUGGUGAUGCAGAACCUGCGGCUGAAACACUCCGAGGAAAUCACCAAGAUGCGAAACGACUUCGAGAGGCAGGUGCGAGAAAUUGAGGCCAAGUACGAUAAGAAGAUGAAGAUGCUUAGGGAUGAGCUCGACCUGCGGAGAAAGACUGAGAUCCACGAAGUGGAGGAGAGGAAGAACGGCCAGAUCAACGUGCUGAUGCAGCGGCACGAGGAGGCCUUCACAGACAUCAAGAACUACUACAACGACAUCACCCUCAACAACCUGGCCCUCAUCAACUCCCUCAAGGAGCAGAUGGAGGACAUGCGGAAGAAGGAGGAACACCUCGAGAGGGAGAUGGUGGAGGUGUCUGUACAGAACAAGCGCCUGGCAGACCCUCUCCAGAAGGCUCGGGAUGAGAUGAAUGAGAUGCAGAAGAAGCUCGUGAACUAUGAGAGAGACAAGCAGAUCCUGGUUUGCACAAAAGCACGUUUGAAGGUCACUGAGAAAGAGCUGAAGGGUCUGCAGUGGGAGCAUGAGGUGCUGGAGCAGCGGUUCAUGAAGGUGCAGCAGGAGCGGGAUGAGCUCUACCAGAAGUUCACUGCGGCCAUCCUGGAGGUGCAGCAGAAGGUGGGCUUCAAGAACUUGGUCCUGGAACGCAAACUGCAGGCGCUGAACACUGCUGUGGAGAAGAAAGAGGUGCAGUUCAAUGAGGUGCUGGCGGCCUCCAACCUGGACCCCGCGGCUCUGACCCUCGUGUCCCGCAAGCUGGAGGAUGUUCUGGAAUCAAAGAACAGUGCCAUCAAGGACUUGCAAUACGAGCUGGCCCGCGUCUGCAAGGCCCACAACGACCUGCUGCGCACCUACGAGGCGAAGCUCCUGGCCUUCGGGAUCCCCCUGGACAACGUGGGCUUCAAGCCCCUGGAGACGGCCGUGAUUGGGCAGACGCUGGGCCAGGGCCCCGCGGGACUCGUGGGCACCCCAACAUAGUCCCCGCCUGGGACUGGAGGAUACCCUCUUUCACACACCGAGGACAGCAGGUGUUUGUUUUUUAGAUUUGUGUCGUCAGCAAAUGAAGGUUCUUCACGUUG